GGGAAAGCUUUAAUCUAUUUUGCUGAGGUGUUAAUGAAACUAGAAGAUAUCUGAUGUGCUUAACGGGGGAGAAUAUUAGUAAAAGUCACUUGCCAGUCUGACCCAGACCGUCCACAGUUAAUUGCCAUGUAUCAGUCCAUCCUAAACUUAUUGAAAAAUCUGAGACAGGGGAAUUAUCAGCAAUUGGCUGCUGACUUUGAGCCUGAGUACUUCAAAUUAAUCAGUAAGUCAGGAGGCAUCCUCUCUGCAGAAUCCCUCAGAAGCAUUCAUGCAGCCCUGGAGGAGGGGAAAGUUGAAGAUGUGGUGGAUGAGAUUCAACAAUCACUUAACGCAGCAGAAAAUGCUUCCCUGAAUGUGGCUGUGAUUGGAGAUUCUGGGUCUGGGAAGUCCAGUUUCAUCAAUGCCCUGCGAGGGCUUAGUCACCAAGAGGAGGGAUCAGCCAGUGUUGGGGUUGUGGAGACCACCAUGAGGAAAACCCCCUAUCAACAUCCAAAAUAUCCCAAGGUGACCUUCUGGGACCUACCUGGAAAUGGGAGUCCCAAUUUUCACCCAGACACUUACCUAGAAACAAUGGGCCUGGCUGAAUAUGACUUCUUCAUCAUCAUUUCUUCUUCUCGGUUUAGUUUCAAUGAUGCUGACCUGGCCCAGAAAAUCAAUAAGAUGGGGAAGAAGUUCUACUUUGUUAGAACCAAGGUGGACAGUGACUUAUACAAUGAAAAGAGAGCCAAACCAAAGUCCUUCCAAAGGGAGAAAGUUCUUCAGCAGAUUCGAGACGAUUGUGUGACUCAUCUCCAAAACAAUGGAGUGCCUGAGCCCCAGGUCUUCUUGGUCUCCAACUUUGACCUGGGUGACUUUGAUUUACUAAAAUUGGAGAAGACUCUGCUGAAGGAGCUCCCUGCCCACAAGCACCGUGUACUUGCACUCCUGAUGCCCAGUUCCUCUGAAGAUGCCAUUGAGAUGAAGAAAACCUUCCUCAGGGAGAAGAUCUGGCUGGAGGCCCUGAAGUCAGCAGCUGUGGGCUUGGUGUCCUGCAUGCCCUUCAUCAGUGGCUUUGGUGUUGCUGAACAGCAAGCAUGCUUGAAAGUUUACCGAAGCCAUUUUGGUGUGGAUAAUGAGUCAAUUGAAAAGAUUUCAAAGGCUGGUGUAUCUGUGGAUCACCUGAAGAGAUUAAUCAAAUUCUUAGAUUUCUGGCACAUUGUGAAGGAUUACAGUAUAGAAGCACAAGCCAUGAGUUAUGCUGAGCACUUGUGUUCAGUUACUGGAGGACCUGUGUCUGCUGUCAUCCAGUUCUUUAAAGUUUACUUUCUACACAUAAAAUUCCUUGAUACAGUGGCUGAUGAUGCUAAACUCGUCUUGCAUGAGAUGAAGCAACAGUGAUACACCUUACUUAACAGAUGGCAAAUGGACCUCAUGUCUUUCAUUCUCAGUGUGGGGAUGGGGGUCCUCUUCCAUGUUGGGGAAGGCCAUUGCUCUACUUGGGACUACACUGCUGUGCAUGGUUACUUGGCCUUAGCUUCUUUUUUGCAUUUACUGACCUAUUUUGCUUGAACCAUGAUAGCAACACACAUUUUACUUUUAAUAAUCUCUAUGUGUUCUGAAGUAGUCUACUUUUGCAUUAUUUACUCAGAUAAUAAACAGCUUGUAACA